AUGGUUGAUGCUAUUGUUUCCAGUGUCAUCCAGCAAUUGGGAGUGAUCAUCCAAAAGGAGAUCGAACAAGAGGUACGAUUGAUCAUCGGUGUGGAAAAGGACAUUGAAGACCUCUCCACCACUUUUACAACAAUCCGUGCUGCGCUUAAGGAUGCUGAAGAUAGGCAAUUCAAGGAUGCAUCGGUGCGUGUUUGGUUGCAAAAUCUGAAAGAUGUGGCCUAUGAUAUUGAUGAUGUGUUGGAUGAGUGGAGCACAACAAUUAAACUCAAAUCAUCCUCCUCCUCACAAAUGGUGGUAGAUCAUGGAGUUGAUGAUGCUGAUCAUCGUGUCACUAGUCCUUUUAAGAAGGUAUGGCCCAGCAACUUGUUUUCUCCUUGUUAUUGUUUCAAGCAAAUUGGUUUGCGCCGUGACAUUGGUCAUAAGAUAAAGGAGGUAAAAGAAAGACUAGAUAAGAUUGCAAGUGACAAACAUAAGUUUGGUUUUAUUUCUCAUGAAACUCAUACUAGCAGAAAUAUUGAAAACAUAGAUGAUGAGUCGAGGAGGAGGAGACUAGAAACUAGUUCCUUCGUUGAUGUCACUGAGGUAUAUGGUCGUGACAUGGAUAGGGAAAUCAUAAUAAGCAAGUUGUUAAUCAGUGAGGGCAGUCAACAACAGCAACAAGUAGUGGCCGUCUCCAAUAAGGAAGAAGUCCCCAUAAUCUCCAUUGUGGGUUUGGGAGGUAUGGGCAAAACGACCCUUGCCCAACUUGUUUUUAAUGAUGAUAGGGUGAUAAACCAUUUUAACAACAGAAUGUGGAUACAUGUGUCUGAAUCUUUUGAUAAAAUGAAGAUUGCCAUGCAUAUUAUUAAAGAAAUUGGUGGUGGUGGUGGGAACAACAUUAAUAAUGUCACCACCCAGCAAGGUGGUGGUGUGAUCUCAUGGGAAGAUGUGCAUCGUCAAUUGACUAGUUCUGUUGAGGGAAAGCAUUUUCUACUAGUGUUAGACGAUAUGUGGAAUGAGGAUCCUACGCAGUGGGAUCCAUUGAGGUUAUCUCUCAAACAUGGUUCUUCCCAAGGAAGUAGAAUUAUUCUCACAACACGCAACGAGAGGGUUGCAGGCAUGAUGGGUACGAGAGUUUAUCGUAUUAACAAAUGGGGAGUAAUCUUCGACUGGAUGGCACAAGGUUUUCUUGAUGGCAGCUUGACCAAAGCAAAAGGUGAAGAUUUGAUCAAAAUAGGUGAUGAGUACUUUAAUAAUUUAGCCAUGCGCUCAUUUUUUCAAAAAGACACUAUAAAAUCAAGAGGAUCAAGACAGAUUUACAGAAUGCAUGAUGUUGUCCAUGAUUUUGCCAAAUACCUUGCAGAGGACGAAUGCUUUACUCUCACGAUUAAUUGUGCUGCUGCUGCUGCUCCUCAGGAAUUAAUCAACUUUAAGAAAGCCCGUCAUUUAUGUCUAUCAAUAGCAGAAGAGAUACGCAUGAUUCCUUCUUUCAUUUACAAGGCAAAGAAACUGCGCACUCUUCAAAUCUAUAGAGGACAUAUACCUUCAAUUUCUUCUGAUUUAUUUCGUCACUUAACAUGUCUGAGGACAUUAAAUUUGGGUGAUACUUACCUUGAAGAGCUUCCAAAUGAGAUAGAGAAGUUAAUACAUCUAAGGCACCUUAAUUUGGAGAAUGCAAGGUUCAAAGAACUACCUAAAACGGUGACUAGUCUGUACAAUUUGCGAGUAUUACGUCUUUACAGAUGCAUGAAUCUUUGUAAACUACCUGAAGGUAUUGGGAGAUUGGUCAAUUUGAUAGUUCUUGAUUUGAAAGAAUGCCGCCAACUAAGCAACUUACCAAAAGGAAUUGGGAGAUUAUGCAAAUUGCGUAUAUUGUCGUACUUCACUAUCAGUGGUGGGGUGGAGCAAAGAGGAGGAUGUAAGAUUGGAGAACUAAAAGAUCUCAACUUCCUCAAAGAUACUCUAAAGAUAAUAGGUUUGGGAAGAGUGGAAAAUGGAAAUGAGGCUAAGAUGGCAUGCUUGAAUAAUAAGCAACAUCUUCGUGCUUUGUAUUUCUAUUUUAAUCAAUUUACCGGUCUUUCACUAGUUGAUGACGAAGGUAUUGUUGAUGAGGAAGGUUUUGUUGAUGAAGAAGCGGAUAACAAAGAAGAAGAACAAGAAGUAUUCGAUGGAGAAGAUAAAACAGAAGAAGUCGAUGGAGAAGACAAAACAGAAGAAGUAGAAGAAGAAGAAGAAGAAGUUGUUGAUGGAGGAGAUAUGUCGUCAAGGAAGAGGAUGGAGGAUGUUCUAGAAAGCCUCCGGCCACAUCCAAACCUUGAGAAGCUAUCAAUUGUUGAUUACCCUGGUGUCGUGUUCCCCAAUUGGAUGGGUAGUCAUACAGAGCCCAUGAUUUUCUCCAAUCUAGUUUUCUUGGAACUGCGUGGGUGGAGGAAGUGUAAGCAAUUGCCUCCGACUGUAGGGAAACUACCAUCCCUUGAAACCCUUGUAAUAAGUGGAAUGGAUAAGGUGAAAUUCAUGGGUGUUGAGUUUUUUGGAAUCGAUGAUGAUGAUGAUUAUGAUGGUGCUACAAGAAGAAGAAGUGACACAAUUAUAUUCCCAAAAUUGAAAGUAUUUAUGUUGGGUCCGAUGCAGAAGUUGGAGGAGUGGAAUAUGAGAGUACAAGAAGAAGAUGAGAAUAAUAAAGAGUUCAUCUUUAUGCCGUGUCUACAGCAUCUUGAUCUUGCUGACUUAUUCAUUGAGGUUGGGGCUAUUGUUGUAACAGUGGUCUCCUUGAUCCUCAGAGGUGCGAAUGACUACAUGCCUGACGAGAUGGAGCGAGCUUUGCGUGAUGCUUUAGCAUCUUUAAGAGAUCACUUGAGUCCAAUGUGGAUCCUUGAGAUCUUUGUGAUCCUUGUCAAUCAAUUGUGCUGGCCUUCCAUCCUUGUAGAGAACGAUUUGAGCUGUUGGAGCUGUUGGAUGGGAUUUGAAGUAUUUCAGUACUUCAUAGAGGCUGGGGCUAUUGUAGCAACAGUGAUGGAGGAGCGCGUUGCUGAUGAUGAUGUGAUCCUGAUAAAUGGGACCAAAACCACUAGUGUGAACCAGGGUUACCAGGAUCCUGUUUGCAUGGAAUUCAACUUGGACAGGCCGGAGCUCAGUGUGUAG